AUGGCCGAGAUUCGACGAAAGCUCGUUAUUGUCGGUGACGGCGCCUGUGGAAAGACCUGUCUGCUCAUCGUCUUCUCCAAGGGCACCUUCCCCGAGGUCUACGUCCCCACCGUCUUCGAGAACUACGUCGCCGAUGUAGAGGUUGACGGCAAGCACGUCGAGCUCGCCCUCUGGGAUACCGCUGGCCAGGAAGAUUACGACCGUCUCCGCCCUCUCUCCUACCCCGACUCGCACGUUAUCCUCAUCUGCUUCGCCAUCGACUCGCCCGAUUCGCUUGACAACGUCCAGGAGAAGUGGAUCUCCGAGGUUCUGCACUUCUGCCAGGGCCUUCCCAUCAUCCUCGUUGGAUGUAAGAAGGAUCUGCGCUUCGACCAGAAGACGAUUGAGGAGCUACACAAGACCUCGCAGAAGCCCGUGACACCCGAGCAGGCCGAGGAUGUGCGCAAGAAGAUUGGUGCCCAGAAGUACCUCGAGUGCUCGGCCAAGACGAACGAGGGCGUCCGAGAAGUAUUCGAGCACGCCACCCGGGCUGCUCUGUUGACCCGGAAAGAGAAGAAGACCAAGAAGUGCUUGAUCUUGUAA